GGCGUUGAACAAAAUCAACAACAUUAAGUGUUGUCAUUCCGACAUCUUCAAUCUAUAAAAUCAAUCAUAAUGUGAUAUGAACUGAUAUAUCAGUCAACAAUAUUGCAGUAUAAAUACGAAUAAGCAACAUUUAAAUUGAUUCAGUCAUUAAAAACACAUUUACCUAAUUCAUAUUGAAUUUUUGUUUAUUGUGAUGGAUCCAUUUUUACAUGCAUUUUUUGCAGUUGAUCUUGAUCAUGAUGAAAAAAUCAGUAUGAAGGAUUUAAAGAAUUAUGUUGAAACAUACAAUCUAGACGAUAAAAUGAUUGACAGCUGGAGAAAAUUAUUUGAUCCAAAUCAUACUGGCUAUAUAACACUAACAAAGUUUUGUGAUGUACUAGGAGUAAAAAUGGAAGAAGCUCGAAAGGUUAGAGAAGAAAUUAAAAGACGUUCAACCAAUACACUUCCAUCUGAUGUCUAUGUUAUUGCACAACAAAUGAGUAUCGCCGAUCAGAUACAAAUAAGUGAACAAGCUAGACGUUUAUUAUUUCCACCUAAUGAACUUGAUAAUAAAGAAAUUGCUCAUAGUUUAAAAUUAUGGCUACAUAAAGUGUAUGGUCCAAUAUGGCAUGUUGUGGUAAUACGUGGAGAUUAUGGUGCAUCAUAUACGCAUUCAGAGAAUCGAUCAUUUCAAUUUCGAUUACGAAAUAAAUGCUUUUUAAUAUGGAAUACACCUGAUCAAUAUCAACUGAAUUAAACAGUCAUUUCGAUUAUAUUUUUAAUGAUAAAGAAAUAAUUGACGAAAAAUUUCUGUGUACUUUUUUCUUCUUUCAAAUUGAGAUUUUAUUUGUAUCGGUUUGUUGUUCUUCUUAUAUUGACAAAUUCAUUGUCUUUCAUAAAGACAAUAACAGGUUUCUUUUUGCAUAACUUUGAUUAGUUUAAAACUAUGAAUACAUGACUCUUGACAGUUUAAAGCAUUGACAGAUAAAAUCAAUCAUUAUAAUAAAUUUAAAUAGACAGAUUAAGUUUUUCAUGGUUACUUGGAUUGGAUUUAAUGAAAUUCCACAUAGAUAUUACCGUUUAAUAAUCGUUAAACAUUGGGAAUUUCUUCAAGCUGAUUUAAUAAUAAUUUUUAAAAAUUCAUUCAUUUUUUUGUAAUAAUCGUACUGGUACAAUCAUAGUCAAGAUAUCUAUUUGACAUGGUAA